AUGGAGAAGACUGUUAGAACGAUGUCUACAACACCCCCACCCGCCGUCAAGAAGCGCGGCCGCCCAGCGAAGAAACCCGCAACCGACGACACGAAGCCGAUUGCGCCCGCAGACGCGAAACCCACCGUACGAAGCGCGCCUGCAAAACCCCGAGCAAUCAAGGAGAAGGAAAAAGAGAAGAAAGCGCCCGCGCGCCCAGCAGCAAAACCCGCCGCGAAGAAAGACGCGCCAAAGCCCACCAUGACCCACCGUCAACGAGUGAAAUCCUCACUCAAGUCCGCGCAACGGGGACACUCAAAGCCACACCUCCUCAAUCUCAACCUCAACCUCAACCUCAAUCUCAAGCUACUAGCAUACCCAAAAAUGCUCCCGCACAAGCGAAACCCGCCCCAGCAAAAGCCACCCUCCUCCGCCCCUCGCACAACACAACUACAAUCCCCCUCCCACGCGCCCCGCUCCACGCCCCGUCGCCCAAACAACCCUCGUCUAUCCCCACGUCAUCGUCUCGACCGCUCGUUGCGCCUGCUGCUUCCCGGCCUCGAGGUCGCGUCAUCGAGCCGACGCCCGACAUACGGCUGCCGCCCAAGUACAAACCCGCGGCGCGGCGCGUGA